GCCGCACCGCCUUCCUCUGCGGCGGAGGUGGAGGAAUCUCCGUCAUCGCCCGUGUUAUCAGCUUCAUUUACUUCGUCUUCUCCCCCUCCCUUCUCUUCUCUGCUCUUCCUUGUCUCUAAUGGCUGCCCUUGCGCGAUCCUUUUCAGUACUGUCCGUCUGCCAUGCGUAUAUAUAAGAUCUCAGCAGCUCCAUGUCAUUAAAUUACAACCCUGACCAGUCAUCCCUCAUCAAUACGAAAUGGGAAACGAUCUUUCUGAGCGAAAGAGAUGUGGCCGGCCAAAUUCCACUUAACUAUAUCACAAGCUCUGGCGUAUCCGUGACAGCAGCAUGCUUUGGCAACAAUGUAUUCGAGACGCAGUCCGCUGAAAAAUGUAUAUCCAAUCUGUUGUCGGUUGGAUACCGACGCUUUCUCGUCGAUCUGUAUUGGUCGGCGGGCUUGCGGGCUUGGACGUUUUGCCCAGUGGCUAUUCCAAAGAAUGUUCCCGUUGUCACUGUUUCUACGACGCCCACAAUGACACCAACUGCAACUGCCAGUGCCGCUCAAAGUACUGCUACCCUCGUUUCCAGUUCAUCUGGCUGGCCUGUCUAUGAGCUAGGCCCCUAUCUAUGCUCAGAGAACCUCGACCUAUCUGGUCUGAUUGAUAUCUUCCAGGAUUACUUCAAAGACACAACGUCUCAGUUGAAUGUGUACAUCAGAUACCUAACGUUCAACCUGCAUGUUGCUGCUAGCGCUGCCGCUCCGGAACUGCCUGCAGCAAAGGUAUCGGGUGAUGAGCUGCCGUCCUUUUCUGAACGAGUAGAUACUUUGAUGGAUGACCGUCUUUUUUACUACAUCUACACACCGUCACGGCUGGCCAACGAGCGCAGCAACCUGAACGAGUCUUGGUAUGAAGUCGAUGAUGGGUACAAGCCUAUUACCGAAUAUUUCGCAACUCAUGAACUCUCAGAUGGUACACAAAGUACUCCGGACGGCUGGCCAGCCUCAAAAUAUGUACAACUUGCACAGGAGCGCCGUCUCUUUCUUGAGUAUGGCUCUGUGGACCCUCAACUCGAGGACUACAACUUAACCGCAGGUAAAAGCGAGGUCAUAUUUCCUCCAAGAUAUCUAGCAUCCUUAGUACCCGCGCCUUCGGCCGAUGAAGGAGGUUUGGAUUACGGUUGCUUUUAUGACGCAGAUGCUUUCCAGGUAUCUGAAGUGAACUCCUCUUGGGCACUCUCAAGUAGCCUGUCUCAGCCACAUGGCUUGAAUGAGACCUAUGCCUUGCGUGAAUUGUCAGAAAGGGUUGUAAAUCUAACCGCGUGUGGGUUGACACCAAUCCUCAAUAACACCCUCUUCAACAAGACCGCCGACCAGGAGGUCGCACCAUAUAAAAAUAUCUCUCUAUCUUCUACAUGGGCUUGGGCAGAAGGGGAACCCCAGGGCGCCGAUGUGGCCGACAAUAUCGAUUCGCCCCAAUAUGAUCGAUGCGCAGUCCUCGACGUCUCCGUAGGCGGCCACUGGCGCGUUGCGAACUGUACGGAUGUGCGGCGAGUCGCCUGCCGAGUAGCGAACUUACCAUAUACCUGGACAGUAUCCAGUACUGCACAUAGCUACACCGAUGCUUAUUCAGAGGCUUGCCCAGACAAUACGACCAUGGGAGUUCCUCGCACAGGCCUAGAAAAUACGUAUCUCUACCGAUACCUCCUGACCCAACCAAGCAACAUCAUUGAUCCCACGUCUCCAGACCGCGCUAAGCGGGAGAUUUGGCUAGACUUCAACUCUCGGGAUAUCACGUCAUGCUGGGUGACUGGUGGGCCUGAGGCUAAAUGUCCAUAUGCGUCGGAUCCUAAACAGCUGGAGAAAAAAACAGUGCUGGUGUCAACCAUCGCAGGCAUUGUUAUUUGCAUCAUCACUGCACUGACACUAUUCGUAAAGUGCAACACCAACCGGCGGAACUCGAGACGAGGCAAACGAAUUAUCCAAGGGUGGGAAUAUGAAGGUGUCCCUUCUUAACGCAUGGAAAUCGGAUACUAAUAUUGUACCAACACAAUUUGACGUUUGGAAGCCGUUCUGUGACACGAAACCAUAUGUAUUUGAUACCCAAUGUACUUCUUAUAUUGAACAAUGUAUAUAAGUGAAUGUACCUCAUCUGUUUGUAUAUAGCUUCAGUACUGAUGAAUGUAUAUAUUUACAAUCUCCAACUGAUUCCUCGGCAUCACAUGCCACAACCAAGUUUCUUUAUAGCUCCUUAUAACUCCUGAAAUUCACAGGAUUCUAUUAGCUGUCCUCGAUAAACCAAAGAGAAACCACUUCCAGAGCAUCUUAUUGAGAAAGAACUUGCAUCAACAGUGACCUGCGUCGCAACUAAAAACCUGGUCUACAGCGAUAUAUACAGGAACAUGGCAUACAUAGUAUAGCAUGGUACGUUCAACACGAACAAGUUUCAA